UCAGUGAGGUAAGUACUCAGCUGAACAAAGGAAGGAUCUAAAUAAUUAGGUGCGGACAAAAAUAGUCUGUGCGUAGUCGGGCCCUGGCCAGAUGACGUCACGGCCAGGGCCGGCGGCGGGGCAAGACGGGCCCCGCGCCAGUGCCGCGCGCGCCGCCCGCCUGGUCGCACGUACCGCUGCAGCCACCCAGCGCCAGUCUCGCCCACCACUCCACCCCCCCUGCCGGCUGCCUACGCGCUCCCGAACAAACAGACGAGUGAAAUGGUGAGGAAAUACGAAAGAAUGAGCGGCCGCCAGUCUUGGAACGAAGCCGACAUGGCGAGGGCUGUAGCAGCUGUAGUGUCAGGGAAGAUGGGGUACAAACUGGCCGCCAGGACGUUCCACAUACCGCGCUCGACCCUACAGCGGCGCGCCAGCAAGAUACGGUACCAGCAGCCCGACGACCCCAAGCCCAUCAUGGGCCACUACAGGCGCGUUUUCACGGAAAGCCAAGAGAAAGAUUUAGUUGGCUACAUCAAGAGUAUGGAGCAGUACUUCAUGGGCGUAUCUCGCCGAGACAUCAGGGAGCUCGCGUACCAAUAUGCUGAAGACAACCACUUGAAUCAUCCCUUCGAUACCAACUCGAGAAUGGCCGGCGAGGACUGGGUCAGGAAUUUCCUUAAAAGGAAUCCCGAGCUGAUGCACAAAUCGGAAAAGGACUUUGAACUGGAGCCGGUGAACUUCGACCAAUUCUAUCACUUCAUGGUUCAGUUCUCAUGAUUAGUGGUUUACGAUGACAUUAUUCAUAUACAAUAGAAAGACCUCGUCUGAAAAACUGUAAACUAUAAGAACCUUCAAGGUAAUACGGAGACGUUACUAUGCCGCUCAAACCAAUGUAUAGUGCCAUGGCCAAGAAAUUAAAGCAUUGCAAACCAUGGCCAAAGAUUUGACUAAUGAAAAAACCAAGAGGGGAGUUUAUAAAAAUCUAUUUUUAAUUAAAUGUAGGGAACAAAUUAACAAAGCUCAAAAAUAGAGGAAAGUUUUACAAGACACCUAUGGUAGAUAUUUAACAAAACCGUGUUCUUUAUUUAUUCUUUAUU